AUGGCACAAGAGAGGUAUAGCCGAGAGCAAGAGCAAGAAAAAGCGGAACGGAAAAUGGCAAAACAACGGCAGGCCGAGGCUUUCAAAAGGGAAAUGGAGCGGCGCGAAAAAGCUGAACAAGCCAGAAGGGAAAAAGAGAUGGCCAUGGAGGAGCAAUACCAAGAUGCCGAAGCCAGAAAGGCGGAGAUGGCGCGUCGAGAUGCGGCAAGGGAAAAAAGGAUUCAGAGUGAAAAAGAUGCUCUGAACAUUUGCAAUGCAGAGAAGAGGCGCAGGGCGGAGGAGCGCAUCGAGUCGGCACUGAGCAAGGACCGGGAGCUGCAGCGAAAGAAACAGGAAGACUUCUUGAGAAGGGAGAGUCAAAGCGGGGAGCGGCGGCGCCAACUCGCCAACUUGAGGCAACAAGAGGAGGAGAGAAAGAGAGAGCAGUUGAGGGCUCAGGAGGAAGACCGCCAAUUGAAGUACAGAAUGGCACUCGCCAAGGAGGAGCAAAGGAAGCAGGCGAUCCACGCGAAGUCAGAGGACAAGGAAAGCAGGCUCCAAGAUAAGACCAAUCGCCAGCGCAAAGAGAAUGCCAUGAGGAGGGUGGAGCGGCGAUUGUAUAGCAGUCUGCGAGAAGACAAGGUGGACGCCAUGCAGAAGAUGCAGACGUACAGCAGGCAACUGCUGCUUGAAAAGAUCAUGGCCGAGAACGAGAGAGUGUGCGCGCUGCUCACGCAGAGGGAGCAGCUGCAGCAGCAGCGCAAGAUGGCCAACAUGGCGGCAUCCAUGCAGAGGCAGCAGAUGAGCGAACUCAUGGAAAAAUUGAAGAAGACUAAGAACUGGAGCAAGCUCGACACGUCAUCAGUUGGGCGACCUGCUACAAGAUAG